AUGAAGGAUCUUGCUAUUCUGCGGGAGAGGAAAACGCUCGCCAAUGGCAAGGAUAUGCCUGCGAUGCAGCUCGGGCUGUAUACAAUGACCCGCCCAGAGGUAGCGCGCAUUGUGCCACUCGCUUUGCAAAAGGGUUACCGGGGAUUCGACAGCGCGCAAAUGUACGACAAUGAGGGUGUGGCCGGUAGAGCGAUUAUCAAGUUUCUCUCGUCGCCCAAGAACACGGCUGAGCUGACACGUGAGGAUAUCUUCUACACGACGAAGUUGACUGAGAACUCGGAGAAUUACCACCAAGUACGCGACUCCAUCAGCCGGUCACUGGCACGGUGCAAUCUGGGGUACAUCGAUCUGGUGCUGCUGCACAGCCCGUACGGCGGCAAAAAGGCACGGCUUGUAAGCUGGCGAGCCGUGGAGGACGCCAUAUUGGCGGGACAGGUACGGAUGGGUGGCGUGAGUAACUUUGGGGCGCAUCAUAUUGAGGAGCUCAUGGCGUCGAAUCCACGCGUAAAGCCCGUCGUCAACCAAAUCGAAGUCCAUCCGUUUAAUACGCAGGCGCAUAUUCGACAAGUCAGCUUAAAAUACGAGUUGAAAGUUCAAGCAUACGCGUCCAUGGUACGAGGCAUGCGUAUGCGGCAUCCCAAGAUUGUCGAGCUGGCCAAUAAGAAUCACUGCACACCGGCACAGCUCUUGCUCAAAUGGGGCGUAGCGCAGGACAUGAUUGUGCUGCCCAAAACAAUACACCCAGAACGGCUGGAGGAGAAUGCGGACAUAAGCGGCGUGCAUAUUUCCGAUCUCGACAUGGACGAGCUGAAUGCACUGGAUGAGAUGCUUGUAACGGAUUGGGAUCCUACAACUUGUGAUUGA